AUGCAGUUCACCAGAUCUCUUCCACUCGUAACCUCCUUCCUAGUCCUCGUCACAGCCCAAUACGAAACCCCCGAAGACAUUCCCAUUUGCGCCUACAGUCCCAUCCAAAAUAUCAUCAACGCCGCAGGUUGCCAAGUCACCGAAACAUCCUGUUUCUGCGCAAAACCAAACAUCAUUCCCGAUUUCGCCGAAGCGUGCUACGUCUGCUGCCACGACAAGUUUGGUUCGCGGUCCAACUCCCACCCCCGCGGGAUUCACAGAUCCAUUCAGCAAUUCCAACACCCUCCCAACAACCAUCUCAAGAACGUCUAG